UGGGCAUCGGGGAUUGGACAGUCGCGACUCCGGCUUACUGGGAGAAUGUUGGGUUUGCGAUUUUCGACUUUGGCGAUCUGCCUUAUUCUGAGCCUGCAAUGGAUUGGUCCUGUGGAUUCCAAGAUCUGCCAGACCCAUGACAACAAAGUAGGAAAAUGUAAGCGUCCUCGCGAUUGCCCGGCUCUUCAACCCAUUGUAAAGAAGUUGAGAGAAGGGGUCCCCCUAACCAACGAGGAAAAAAUACUGAAAACUUCAGUUGCAACAUGCAUAAAGAAAAAAACGUUUUGCUGUGAAGAACCUCUAAAUUCUACAGGAUUGGAGUUGCUGAAGGAAAAUGAUAAUAUAUGCGGUAACUUCGUAGAUUUUAUGGUUUUCAACGGUAGAAAUAUAAGACCGGGAUCGAGGCCAUGGAUGGCCUUACUCGAGUACAACGUUUCAGGACCCAUCAGGACACGGUUCAAGUGUGGCGGCACUCUGAUUACUCCGGAGUUUGUCCUGACGGCUGCGCACUGCAUUGAAGAUAACCUGGUAUCCGUCCGUUUAGGGGAACAUGACCUCAGCCAGCCCAUAGACUGUAUGGUCUAUGGAAAUAAGAAAAAGUGCCUUGAUCGACCUCUGGAUGUUCCAGUCGAAAAUUGGAAAAUCCCCGAGGACUAUGACGAUUUUCAUUUGUUGAACGACAUUGCAUUGAUCCGCCUAAGAGAACCAGUCCAGUUCACAAAUUGGAUUCGACCCAUAUGCCUGCCGCUGUCACUGGACGUCCAAUUGGACGUUCAGACUGGGAACACGAUGGAGGUAGUCGGCUGGGGCAGAACGGAAAAAAAUAUACUCUCAGACGUCCCAAAAAAGGCAUUCGUUCAACGGCUGCAGUGUGGCCCCGAUUAUGCCACUACAUCAAGCAUCUGCAUCAGGACCAAUGGAACCGAUGCGUGCGCGGGUGACUCCGGAGGACCACUGGCCUAUGCGACUUCAUACAAAGGAAAACAGCGCUUGGUGCAGGCCGGAAUCGUGAGCUACGGAAUAGGUCGGAUGCACCGUUGUGGCCAACAGCCGCUUGCGUUCUAUACUGAUGUGGUUGAAUUUAUGGCUUGGAUAACCGAAACCAUUGUGAAAAAAUAAUAAAGCCGAAAAAUAAGU